AUGUAUCUGAUGUUUCAGAAAUCUAAACUUUAUUUGCCUGAAGAGUUCUCCGUGUACAUACAAAGUCUUUCAAAGGAUUCAGACGGAGGAAGGUUUGAUCCGACAAGUCACAUCAAUAUGCCGUCUAUCAAACUGAGGAAUGUAAAAAAGUUGUACAAUAAUGAACUAGCUGUGGAUAUUAUCAAGUUAGAUGCUUUCCAAGAUGAAAUUACCGUUCUAUUCGGGACCAACGGAGCUGGCAAGUCCACCACUCUCAAGAUGAUCUAUGGCUCGGAGCCCCCCACUGAAGGCAGGGCCUACGUCAACGGUUACGAUGUGGUCAACAAUCCCAAGAGAGUAGCUGAGUGUAUAGGCAUGUGUCCUCAAGAGAGACUGUGGCUCAACAAGCUGACCUGUAGGGAGCACUUGCAUUUUUAUACCAUGCUUUUUAAAGUGGCGAAGCAGUCUGUGAUCCGGUAUGUGGACGCCUUUCUUAAAGACGUUGGCUUGGCAGAGGUCAGCGAUGUUUACACUCUCAAUCUGAGCCCAGGUCAGAGGAAGAGACUCUGUAUCGCCGUGGCAUUCAUUGGAAAUAAACGAGUGAUCUUAUUAGAUGACCCCUUUUCAGGUCUCGACCCCACCUCCAAGCGGGACAUUUGGAAAUUUCUGAAAUCUAAAAGGCUCUUUCGAACGAUUCUGGUAGCGACCCCGUCCACGGAGGAUGCACUAGCUGUGGGCGAUAACAUUAUAGUUAUGUCCCAAGGCGUGAUCAAAUAUCGUGGAAAACCGCAGGCACUGGACAAAACAUAUGGUUUUAGCUUCAUGAUGAACAUCUCUAUCAAGCCUGAAUGUAAUGUGAAGGAAGUAGUCCGUGUCCUACGUUCCCACGUUCCAAAAGCCAAAGUUUCUGAAGAAACUGAGAAAGAGUUGCAAUUUCUCUUGCCAGGUGAUAAAAUGAACCCGUUCCCAGCGCUUCUCCGGGAUCUGGAAGCCAGAAAAGAUCAGCUGGACAUUUCCAGCUACGAAAUUCUGACCACAUCCAUCAAGGACGUACUGCUCGGGGUUUGGCCUAUUAUGAAACAACAAACUCCUGCGGACAACAGAUCCGUAGCCACGAAGUCAUCGAGAGAACAGACGACAGCAGCGGAGAAAGAAGAGGAGUAUGGAGUGCACACGUCAUCGUCAAAGCACUACCACGACGAACUGGACCAAGAUAUGUUCAACCAGAUGAUUCUCUACGAGCGGCCAGGCUACUUCAAGCACCGCUUCAGGCAAAUGAAGGCCCUCUUUUCCAUGAGGUGCAUGGUGUUCCUUAGAAACAAGAACUCCACUGUCCUGAUCCUCUCCAUCCCAGUGGCCUACACACUUCUAGGGAUGCUGCUGGACUAUCAUUCCAAGCCAGUCCCCAAGGCUACUCCGGUGAUGCUAGGUCUUGAGGACCUCCCCGCUUCGCUAGUCUACCCGAUUAUCUUCCACAACUUGACCAUCUCUGGGAUUCUCCAAAAGUAUAUGAGCCUGCUGCAGGGGCGUGGUCGCGUGGUAGAAUACUAUGUAAAACUACAAGAUCUUUCCAAUACCUCUUUGUGGAAACCCUACCUUCUGCUGCAGAAAAAAUACCCCAUUGAGACACUUAUCGAGAGAGUCCGUUACACUCUAGCGCACAUAUUGAGUCGGGACGAUUCAGAGCACUUUGCUUUGUACAUCGGUUCAUUGAAUUGGAAGGACAAACCGAUAGCGCUUCAACUAUUCACCACGGCGUGGAUUCAGUGUGUGAUUGGUGAGGAGUUCUCUCUCCAGGGCGGCGUCCGCUAUCACAGUAGUUCCCUUCGAAGGUAUCCUCGAGAGGUCCACCCCUGGAGUAGCGGGACAGUCCUCUUCUCUGUCAUGUUCAUGGCCUUGGUGUCUCUCCCCUUCACCUACAGCCUCAUUGUUGAGAGAAAUGCCACCAAACGCCUUCAGAUCAUGAACGGGGUCAGCAUCUGGAUGUACUGGCUGGGUCAGUUCCUGUUUGACAUCACCUUCUAUGGCAUCAUGGUCAUCCCGCAUCUGGUGGCGCUCUUCUUCUUCUCCGAGCAGGAUUGGUGGAUGCUGAGCGUAGGCGUGAUGAGCCUCUACGGGCUGACCCUGUUCCCUUACUUGUACGCACUGCAGUUUUUCUUCCGACAGCCCGUCACAGGAGUUGGCGUAGUCUUGAUGGUCAAUGUAUUUAUUGGUGAGUAA